GUGAAGUUAGCAGGAUUAUCGAUGAAGACUGCAUCCACGCAAUGAGAGACAUCAUAGGAAAAGCGAUUAAUGGUAAUUCUGGAGAAAGUUCUUCAAGAAGCCUGAUAUUGAAUCCAUUAAGUGCUGCUCAGAGUUCUUCCUCUAAUCCUACUUUGAUGCGGUUUAAUGGUGGACAAAGUUCACUAUCAAAUGAUUCAAACCACAUGAUGGUUCCAUCCAAUGCUUCUCGACGUUCUUUACCAAAUCCCAUUGGACCACACAAUGGUGGGGGAAGUUCCAGACAUAAUCAGAUGAGGAUUCCAGCCAAUGCUAAUACUGAAGAAAGUUCAUUGAGAAAUCGGAUGAUGAUUCAAGAAAAUGCUGCUCGAAGAUCUUUAUCAAAUCCUUUUCUGAUGCCAUCAAACCAGAUGAUGACUUUGUCCAAUGCUUCUCGACGUUCUUUAUCAAAUCCUAAUGAGAUACCAUUCAGUGGUAGACGAAGAUUGGAAUCGAACCAAAUGAGGAUGUCACCUCAUGUCGACGAGUCCAUGAUCCGUAACUUCUCUAGCAUGAGAAUUGGAAGGAAUGCAUUCAGGGGAAAUAAUCGAUUCAUAAAUGAGGUACCACCCGAGGACAGAACAAUGUUUGUAACAUUUUCAAGGGGUUACCCUGUGGCUGAAACAGAAGUUCGGCACUUCUUCACUACGGUGUUUGGGAAUUGCAUAGAGUCCUUCCGCAUGCAGGAGGUGGGGCCUUAUGAGCAACCACUCUAUGCUCGAGUCGUUUUCCGCAAAGCCUCGUUCAUCGAUGAAAUUCUCGAUGGAACGGAGAAGGUCAAGUUUUCCAUCUAUGGGAAACAUGUUUGGAUGCGCAAGUUCGUUCCAAAAAAUUCCUCUUCCUCUUAACUGGCUUUGGUGUGAUAGACUGGCCGUGCCGUGUUUCUGUGUUUCCUUCCCGUGUUUCCUUCCCGUCGUUCGCCUUUUAUUGUUAAUGUAGUCGUCUUGAAGUUAAUGUAAUUUCUUCCUUCCGCAUCUUGUAUUUUCAAUUCGACUAGUGAAUGUAAUAUAUUUGUUUUGUUACUUGGAGUAAUUUCAGUUAUUUUCAGUGAACUAGAUGGCUUUUUAA